AUGGACGACUUUGAUAACAUCAACGUGGGUAUAGCCUUCGAGGACCUGUCGGAGGAACAAGAAAUGGCACAUCAGGGCCAGGAUGAUAUACUAGUCAAUACGGGCAAUCUCUCAGCCAUUGACCAACGAGAGCUGGAUUCCAUUCCACAUCUUACCCAGUCAAUGGAAAACGGCACCAAUACUCGUCACUCCCCUCCAACUAUAUUUAUCAGCAACGCUGAUGACGCUGAUGAUGAUAUUAUUAUGAUCGAUCUUCAUGAUGCUUCCCAGCAGGCACAGCGUCGCUGGGCUGAGCAUAAAAAAUCAGGUUCCUCAAAGGUAAGCAAUAAACCGGAUAAAAUUAAACAAGAGCCAAAGGAAGAUCAAUCUAUUCCAGUUCUAUCAUCCACUGUGAAGAAGCCAGUCAAUUCUCACCAACUUCUGGCAGCACAGAGGACGAUGCUUGCUAGAAAUGCGGGCCUUGGCGACCAUGAUGUUGGUCUCGGAAGCUCAUCCAACCAACAAGUUUAUGCGGAGGGCAGCUCCAGAAAGAAGCAGAGCGAGGAAAUGGGAAUUACCGACGAACAUGCUUCCGUCGAUACUGCUAUGCGUUUUGACGACGAUGAUAACAGCUGGAUGAAUGCUGAUCCUGACGAAGACGAAGAGUAUCGAUAUCUCACCGAAAACCGCAACACCCUUGAGCGGAGACGAAAGAAUAAAGAAAUAUCUGCCAAUGAUCUAUGCCAGUUACUUGGAAUUGAGAAUAGACUACAAACUCUGGAUUCUCUGAAAGCUGCUUCGGAGGGGCCCAACAUAUCGGAGCAGCCUGUGGAAGAAGAAUCACUCUUCGUUGAAGACAAUGUGGGGGACCAAAUCGGGGAACACCAUAUGAGUGGUGAGCCAGCCACAAACACGCUUCAUCCCAGCAUGAAUGGAAUGGACGUAGAUGAUUUUGAAGGGUUUUCUCAGAUGCUGGGCGAAGCACUUGAUACUGGUUCUGAACAGCGUGGGGCAAAGAAAUCCAGCAAGCCACGUAAAAAGCCUGAAAAGAGAGCAAAGGAUGCUCGAGAGUUCCAUGCACGAGAAACUCUUCGGCGUGAGAAUGACCGCACGAAGGCGCGGCACAGGGAAGAAAGCAAAGCAGCUCUUGCAGGAAGUUCAAAGACAAAGGGCAAAGGCAGGGCCAAGAAGAAUGCCACUUCAAUAGCUUUGGAGCCGCUCCCUCCACAGGGAAAUCCCGACUUUCAGAGUGGCACAGAUAAUGCCGCCAAAUUGAUGCUUGAAAAUUUGAUGGCUAAUAACCCAAUCGAAGACCGCAUCAAUAACCCUAUUUUUGACGUUGGGCCCGAGCCCGAGAUCACGGAUGGAAAGAUGAAGAAGGCGACACAAUUCCAAAGAUUAUUCGCUAAUAUACCAAACGGAGGUUGCCAACGGACAGUCCGAAAUGAGAAGAAGAAGCUGCAGUUGGCGUCCCGGUCGUUUGGAUACGCGAAAGUUAGGGCAGUCGAUGGGAAAUGGUUGGUCAAGGGGAUGAAAUCUACUCUUUACCACCAUCAACUCUUAGGUGCGCAUUGGAUGCUCAGUCGCGAGGUUAGUGGGGAAUCACCGAACGGUGGCUUGCUGGCAGAUAGUAUGGGUCUGGGGAAAACAAUUCAGACUCUGGCAUGCAUGGUUGGUAACCCACCAUCCCCAGACGACUUGAAACGCAGGACUAAAGCCACAUUGAUCGUCGUACCUGCGGCAGUUAUAGCCCAAUGGGACGACGAAAUAAAAUUCCACGUCGAGGACAAGGUAUUCAGAAAGGUCUUCAGGUACAAGGCUUCCUCCAAUAUUACAGUGCCUAUUCUGCAGGACUGCGAUAUUGUUAUCACAUCUUACACCGAGGUGAUGAAAGAAUUUCCAUUUCCGGACUCAAAUGAUCGCGCAAAUAUCCAACGUAUGAGCUAUAAGGAGUGGAUAAGCCAGACCGAGCUGGAUACAGGCUUUUUACAUAAGAUCAAGUGGUACCGUGUUGUGCUGGACGAAGCCCACGCCAUUAAGAAUAAUUCUUCGAGAACCUCAUUGGCGUGCCAGAACCUCCGAUCAAUAUAUCGGUGGUGUCUUACUGGAACUCCUAUUCUCAACCGUGUUGAAGAGCUCUUUCCUUAUCUGCGCUUUCUCAAGGCGAAUUAUGCCAUGGAUUGGCAGACAUUCCAGAAAUAUUUCUGCGACUUCGAUACAAUUGAGUGUCAAAAUCGUCUAUCUGCCGUCCUUAGCUAUACGAUGAUGAGGCGAACCAUGGGAACCACUAUUAUGAAUCGCCCAAUCAUAACACUACCAGUACCCCACCCGAAGGUCGAAUAUAUUAAUUUCUCGCAGGAGGAAAAGAUUAUUUACAGAAUUACCGAAAAUAGAUUUCGCCAGACCCUCAAUAUGUUUAUUGCCAAGGGUGAUAUCCGUCGCAAGUAUGGUAUCUUCAUGGUGCAACUCCUCCGUCUGAGACAGUGUACAUCUCACCCGUUUAUGCUAGAGCGCACUAUCAAAGAGUCGUGGACUAGCGAUGAUGUCGCGGAACUAAAGGACAAACUCAGUCAGCUAAACUCGAGUCCAACUCACCGGCCAUUCUACGAACAGACCAGAGUGUGGGUCAAUGAGGCUGAGGCCAGUAGAGCAAAAUCUAGUGCAGGUGAAGGAAUUCCGGAAGGGCAAUUGUCUUUUGGAAGAGGCUCUUAUGGCACGAACUUCAACAUGGACAAGGCGCUCGAGAUGUUGAGCGAAAAAGAGUUAUACGCUAGCAUCAACUGCGGCAUCUGCCAAGAUGUGCCUCAAGAACCAAUGGGGACCAAUUGUGGUCACGUUUUCUGCCGAGACUGCCUGGAGAGCUAUAUGAAUAGCAAAGCUGUAGACCAGGAUGAUAUCGAAUGCCCUACUUGCAACACCGUUAUUAGCCAAACGUUUAACCCAGCUGGCCAUGGCAUCCAGGAAGACGACGAACAAGAUGCACCGGAACCCGGACCCAAGCCUCGACGUGGUCAGGGUAAGCAGCGUCGCCAAAAGAAGGUUCCGGAAAAUAGCAAAGGCCGCGAUGCUAUGGGAUUCGAGCCAUAUACCCCUUAUUCAACGUGGCUCACGCAUAGCGAUACAGAUUCCGGCUUCCCACUUGUGCCAUCAGCAAAGACUGCUGCCCUAAAGUCUAUUCUUUUAAAAGGGUUUACAGAAGCUCCUUUGGAUAAGGUCGUUAUCUACGUACAAUUCCGCACUCUGGCCCGAAUCGUCGGCCGUAUGUGUAAGCAAGAAGGCUGGAACUUCUUAUAUCUAAGUGGUGAUUGUACGCUGGAUCACCGGAGCAAGGCUUUGAAGAUGUUUCGUGAUGAUCCAGAGGUUCCAAUACUAAUUGCGGGUCUAAAGUGCGGCGGCUUGGGGCUCAACUUCCCCUGGGCUAAUCGGUGUAUCUCCCUCGAUCUAUGGUGGAACCAUGGCGUCGAGCAGCAAGCUUUCGGGCGCAUCUUCCGUAUCGGCCAAAAGAAAGAGACUUAUAUGACUCGAAUUAUUGUAAAGGACUCGGUGGAUAUGCGGCUGCUGACGAUGCAAGCUCACAAGCUCCGCGACGUCGAUCGAGCCAUUACUGAAACCGAUACCCAGCCAGGUCUUAGUUUGCAUCAACUGGCCAAUUUAUUUGGAUUCUUAAAGACAGAUGCUGAUGGCGAAAUCGUUGCUAUUGAGGCUGAUUACCAGGACGAUGACGAUCCACCUAGUCCUCCUGGAAGCUCAGGCGUUUAG